GUGUGUUUCUGUUACCAACACACACCACCCCUGACCUUGGGCCAUGUGGAAAACAGCAGCGUCCACUCUAAGAAACAUUCAGUACGGUAUAGUUUCUUUAAACCUCUUAUUCUAACAUCUCAGGACAAAUUUUAACACAGAUGACCAUAACCUGGCUGACCAAGGGACAGAGGGAACCCAGAUCAUUAUUUUUAUGCUUGCUUAUGAUUUUUCAGAGGCAUGUGGAAACAGUAUCUUGAUUUUUGGACUGGAUUAUUCCAAUUAAAUAAUCUUGAGAGAAAGGAGUAUGGCUGGAAAGCAAAGUUCUGAACCAGCCAAGGCAGGCAACAGCUGUUCAAACUUCAGGAAACUCUGGAAUUGUGCCUUACAUGAAUGCAUCAGGUGAAGUGCAAAUCCUGAAGCAGCAGAAUGUGAAGCCCAGAGAUGAGCAGUAACUACUGCAACAACGUGUCAGUGAGCAUGAGCGUCAACGAGGUGUCCAGUUUACCCUUGACUCUGGAGCAAAAAACCGGUUUUGCCUUUGUAGGGAUCUUGUGUGUCUUUCUGGGACUUUUGAUCAUCCGAUGCUUCAAAAUCUUACUGGACCCCUAUAGCAGUAUGCCCUCUUCUACAUGGGAGGAUGAGGUUGAAGGGCUUGAUAAAGGGACAUUUGAAUAUGCUCUUGCAUGAAGCAAAAUCCUCAAAGAGUAUCCUGCCUUAAUCCUGACUUUUUUCCUGAAGGGGUGGAACUCGAAACAGGAGGCCUUUGUAAUUGACACCCAU